AUGGAACAAGCCAAUUCCGCAAAUUUCACCAUCGCUGCGUUGUUGGGUUCAGCCAGGCCUCAGCAAGCACUUGUUAGGGACACGGAUGUGAUUCAUGAGAGGCUUCACGAAGCACAGCGUAAUCGUCUUCAGUCACUGAUGGGAAGCGAUGAAGAAGAAGACCAGGAGUCACAAAUCCCAGGUAACAUUUCUGUUUACAGUGUUUAGGAUCGACAAAUACCCAUAUGAAAAUAGCGCUUAACAACCCUGACUGUCUGCAUGUAACCUUGUAAAAAGUUGCCUUUUCGAGGCCAGUUUUCAUUUCUCCAGAGACGUAACUACAACUGAGGAACUUAGCGGCAUGUCAGUACGAGCUAUUACAACCAGUCGUUUGGAGAUUGUUACGAAAAAAAAUUACACUUGACGACGUCGCCACAAAUAACUGAUUUCUUUAAUUGUGUAGUAGGGAUUCAUUUAUUAAAGUGUACUAAACAUUUUGGUAGCUAACUAAACAUAUGUUUUUCAGUGAUCUUGACAGAACCGGUAGGUGAGGUUUUGCAACGAAACACACGUUAUAAGAAAAAACGUACUCUUGAAUUAUUAGGCUUUCUCAAAUCCAGCCAAUUUACCCAACUAAUAAUUUCUUUUUAUAUUACUUUAUAAUAUCAACUGAAAAGAAAUUUGUCGACUAAGAUACACAGCGUAUUAUGUGUUUGUGGGAGAAAGUGCGGGAUUGAGGGUGUGGGGCCGAUGUAGUUUUAAAUUUGCUUCUUUUUUAACUAAUGUCCCACUCACACCAACUAAACAUGUUUAAUUAAAGCAGGUUUUAAAAAAUGAAAAACAUGCACUGAAAACAUUUACACACAGGAUUCAAAUGAACUUAACCAUGCACAUAAUGCAGUUUUUCUACAUAAUUUGUAAUAGCCAAAAGUCAGUAGCAGCUUUUACGAGGGAAAUUGUUCAGUUAAAACUGUGUUUAACUACACAGCUUUUUAACAUGUUUAAAUGGGGUAUAACACAGCAACAUGACUUAUGAAAAUACCUUGCAUUUAUAGCAACAUAUUUUUGAAAAAAUAACAAAAUGGCUUUGAUCAUGAAAACAUAAAUUUAAGUUCUGUAAUAAUAGCAACAAAAGAAAUCUCGACGCCGUUUUCUGAAGCCGUCAACUGCGGUUAUCGGUCUACAAUAACGGCUCUGAAAGUUAGAGUAAUUACUUACCGUUAUUGAUAACCGUAUUAUUCAACAGUAUUAUAUAAAAUUGUAAAGCUAUUCGGAAAAACUACAAAGAUUGGUAACUGCUAGUGAUCUCCACACCGUCCGUAUGAAAAGGGCGUGGUUGGAAGUGUUGGAAUGGCAUCUAUUUGUUAAAUUUUCUUUCAUCUCUCACCAACCUUUUAACCAGCAGCUUAGCUGUUUAAAAAGUUGAACUGUUUUUCUUUAUGAAGUUAAUGAUUUAUUAAUGUCUAAAAACCCAGUCAACGGUCCUGAAUAACACUGUAAAUUAACAUCACGGUAUUUCCUUAGAAUACAUUUUAGCCCCAGUAUAGUCUGUCCACUAAUCAUCGAUGAACCGUACACCCUUAAAACGAUUUCAGCAGGGACUUUUUACGACCUAACAAUGUUCAAAUUCAUUUUAUCUCAGUGACUAAUAAUCGAGCAGUGGCAUCCAAAGGAGACAACACUCGCGACUCAAAAACGGCAAGAAAGCCACCGAAAACAAGACGAAAGAGGACAGCAUUUACAAGUUUUCAGCUGAAAUGCCUGGAAGAAAAGUUUAUGAUGAACAAAUAUCUGACAAUUGCUGAGAGAGACAUGUUAGCAAAAUCACUUCAACUCAGUAACAAGCAAGUAAAAACUUGGUUUCAAAAUCGUCGAACAAAGUGGAAGCGAGAAAACGUUGGAGAAGCGAUACAUUUGGCUUAUGAAAUACAGAGAAGUGGUAUUGGACCUUACCACCCUCCUUGGGUUCCCUUAUGUCAUUGCCCACCCCCACCCCCACCAGUGUACAGAAUGAACACUAUUUACUCGUGCCCUACUCCAACUUUUAUUCCACCUCAUGGAACACCAUAA